AUGUCGAGCUCGGUAAAAACACGCGACUCUGCACUUAACGCCAUUAAGCGGUAUAUGGCUAAGAGUACGGACGAUGCUUUUACGAAGGAUGCAGAAAGCAUAAAAAGUUAUAUGCAACUGCUCAGUGAACAGUGGACUCGCUUCAAUAGCGCUCAAGAUGCGGUCGAAAUUUCGUGUGGAAGUGACAAUGUGGAAAUUGAAGAAAGUGUGCGAAUUCAAGCUGAGACGUGGUACUCUACGGCUUUAGCAAAUUUCAAUCGCGUACAGAAGUGUCGUGCCGAAGCGCAACCCGCGUCCGUGGCAACGCCUGUGUCUGCAGCAAUACGGCUGUCAAAGAUGGAGCUGCCUAAAUUCUCUGGGGACUCCACUGAGUGGAUCGGUUUUUUUGAUGCAUUUUCUGCCUUGGUCGACUGUAAUGCCGCAUUGUCAAAUGGUCAAAAACUUCACUAUCUUCGUAGUUGUUUAAGGGGUGACGCGUUAAAAAUCAUAAAAAUUACCGGUGGUCUGUACUAA